AUGUCAGCGUAUGAGCCUAACACACAUAUAACAGUGGAUGAAUAUGCUAUACUGCAUCUACCUUCAGGCGCAAGAAAAAUGAUCCAGUUACGAGCUGAUGGCUUCAUAAAUUUGGGUAAAUUUGGAUCUUUCAACGUAUGUGAUGUUUUAGGUUAUCCAUACGGUCAAGCAUUCGAGAUUCAGAGUGAAAAUUCGGUGAUUCCUAUUUCAAGUUUAGAGGAAGGAAUAACUGAUCUCAAUGAACUAGAUAGCGAAGAAUUAACAAAUGGAUCAAGCAAAGAUAACAGAGAGCUGAUUGAUGGUGCUAAUGUUCAAAAACUAACCGUUGAAGAAAUCGAAGAAAUGAAAAGCAAGGCAGGAGGUAAUGAAAUUGCACGUGAACUAAUCCAGAACAUGAUUAAAAACCAUGCUUCAUUUGACAAGAAAACAUCAUAUUCACAGGAGAAGUACCUUGAUCGGAAGCAUAAGAAAUUUUUGCGUCGUUUCCAAAUUAACUAUUUGACAUCAACCGAAAUGUUAGAUUACUUAUAUUAUGAAAAAGAACCUUUUAGAAUCAAUAAUUUAAGCAUUGAAAUGCUAGGUCUAAUUAUGAGUAUCGGCAACGUAAUGCCAGGAGGUAAUUACCUAGUUACUGAUGAAACUGGAGGUUUAAUUGUCUAUGCAAUGUUAGAGAGAAUGGGAGGUAGAGGUAGAAUAACCCUUUUACAUGAGAAUGACCAACCAAGCGUACAUUUAUUGAAUAAAACUAGAUUUGCUAGGGAAUUAGCAUCUAGCCCUGAAAGUAUGGUCCAGUACGUUAAUGUUUUGCAAUUUUUAGAACCUGAGAAUGAGAGACCCGAGUUUACACCAUUAUCUGAAGAGGAAAUCAAAGAAUUACCCGAGAUUGCACAGAUUCAAUAUGAAAGGAAAGUCAAGAGAUUUGAGAUUGUGAAUGCUGCUAUCGAUCGUGUUAUUGCAAACGAUUUUGAGAGUUUGAUUUAUGCCUCUACACUUAAUCCAACUUCCUUCAUUCCAAGAAUUUUACCACGUUUACGUGGAUCCUCACCGAUUGUUAUAUAUAAUCAAUACAAGGAAAUUUUGAUUGAAUUAAAUCAUAUUUUCUUAAGGCAGAAGAGUAUAUUAUUACCAAAUAUUCAUCAUUCAGUGGUUACAAGAUACCAAACAGUCCCUGGGAAAAUUCAUCCACUAAUGACUUCGAGAGCCGACGGCGGUUAUAUUCUAACUGGUAUCAAAGUAUUUCCAAUUGAAAACGUUGUUGCUGUUGGUAGAGGUACCAAGAAGAGAAAAACAGGUAAACCGCAAGAAACCAGCGAUGAUGCAACUCCCUGUCCUGAAAUUAAGGAUUCAUCCCUAACACCAGAAACUCACUAA